UCUCGUCUAACUUUCUCUCCAUACCUUCCCAGCCAAGUAGCAAUUAAGGGUCCAAAGGAGGAUCUGUAGUGUUGUAUGGACAAGAAUGAAGACGGCCAAGGGCAACUUAGGGGCACAAGGCCAGCUUGUUUCUAAGCAAAAUGCCCAUGAUCAUGCAGAUGCUGAUGGUUUUGAAGAGCCUAAGAUAAAACUUGAAGAGAUUGUAGUGAAGAAAACAGAUGAUGCAAGCGACAUGGUCAAUUUACCCAAGCAUGGAAAACCCCUCAGUCCACUGGCAUGCCUCACUUCGGAUGCAUUGUUCGACAGUUACAUCCUAGCCAUUGUGGGAUUCAAGAAAGAAAUCGAUGUCAAUUCCUUGAAAAUUUUACUACGAAAUAACCUGGCACAGCACCAAAGGUUUUCAAGUGUUGUGGUAAAGGACAAGCACAACAAUCUGAAGUGGGAACUCAGAGAGGUGGCGUUAGAGGAUCACGUGAUUGUUCCAUGCUUUAGUCUAUCCACUGUAGAGAAUCCCAACUUCAUAAAUGAGUAUACAAGCUCUCUAGUGACUGCUCCUCCACUUAACCCAUGUAGGCCUCUCUGGGAAGUCCAUGUGUUGCAUGUUUCUUCCGGAGAUGCAGCAGCCAGCCUUGUAUUCAGAAGCCAUCACUCAUUAGGAGACUCUGUCUCAGUUCUUUCCCUCAUAAAUUCCACUAGAAAAGCUGCAAAUCCUAACGUGUCAUCCUCCAUCCCACAACAUAAAUCGUCUGGCCAGAGAUCCACAGCCUUUUUGCAAAUUUUUUGCAAUGUGGUUGCAGGGCUUUGGUUCACAUUCCUAUGUCUGAUCCAGUAUGGGGCCACUCUGCUAUGGAAGCAGGACAGGAAUUUAUUGAGACAAGACAGUAGAUCAAAAAUUGGUCCAAAGCAUUUGGCGCAUGUGACUCUCAGCAUUGAAGAUAUUUGUCUAGUUAAAAAUGCAGUUAAUGGGACAUUGAACGACGUGAUAAUGGGAGCGCUUUCCGCUGGUUUUUUGCGUUAUAUGAGCAGGCUACAAGUACCAGAGAAGCAUCUUCCAUUAAACACGAGACUUCGAGCAAUGGUUCCAGUAAAUAUGAGGCCGUUUACUAUGCUCAAAGAUCUGGAUAGCAACAUGAAAAACCCAUCAAAAGCUACGUGGGGGAAUAUAGUAGGUUUAUGGAUGUUUCCGCUUCCUAUGUUCCACUAUGGAGAUCCUCUUCAAUAUUGCCGUGAUACAAGAAUGAUAUCCAGGAGGAAGAAGUUAUCUUACGAGGCAUCACUCACAUACGGCUUAACCAAAUACAUGCCAACAAAGUUGUUGGCGUACAUUGUCGGCAGAUUAGGUGCGAGCACUACACUGGGCUUCUCGAAUGUGAUGGGCCCCGUGGAACAGAUCGAACUCAGUGAUAACCCCAUUACUCACAUUAUUCCUACGGCUCACGUUAACUAUCAUUCAAUAGUAAUUCAUUUCAUGAGCUACGCUGGAAAAGGAAAGCUGGUUGCAUUAGUAUCAGAAGACGUAAUUCCCGAUCCGCAGCAGCUUUGCGAAGAUUGCGCAGACGCCUUGCAAGUGAUGAAAGAAGCAGCAGCUAAAACAACUCCACUAAAUUUAUCUUGAUAUUUCACCUCCUCCAUUUGCAGGCUAGUACGUCAAUAUUAAAAAAUAUAUUGACUUAAAAAGUCGAGAUUAAAGAGAGUCUAUGGGACAGUCUGUUCAAUCAAAAUUGGUUUUUGGAUAUCAAUUUUUUGUCUAUGCAAGUUGAUGAUGAGUGUUUUCAGUUUUUCCAUAUACUCCUUGAAAAAAAAAUUAUAUCAUCAACAGUAAUCAAGAUAUUAAUAUUGAUAAAGAUAUGUCCUGCAGAUAAAGAUAUAAAUAGUAUUUCAAUUAAUAUUGAUAAA